UAGGAGAUAUGAAUUCUAAUGUUUUGCAUUCCAGUGCCUGUCACAACAACCAGACUGGAGCAUACGAUCCGCCCUUUUAUGGACCUGAAUUAACGGCUUCCCAUGUUUUCUAUGGACAGUCCUCGGGACAUCUCUCUCUACCAAAUAACCACUAUGUAGGGAACGGUCUGGUCACUUCUUUUCCUGGACUUGACCAUCGGUCUUCCUUGCUUAAUCGAGAGGGAAGUAGUCAGUUGUCAGUGCAUCUCGCAAGUGAUACAUCCAGUGGAAUGACCUACACAAACCUAGAAAACAACGUGAACUAUGUCCACCCGAGUCGGUUAAGACACUCUCAAGUGUCCAACAGCGGAAAUCAGACCAUCGCUAGAGUAGAAUAUGCCGCCACAUCGACAGACGCCGAUAGGGGAAAUAGAACUCAGCUUGCCGAAAAUUUCACUCUCAGGACCAUGGAGUACGGACCAGAAGCAAAAGGUUCUCGUGGUACGACCCACCAUCACCAAACCCUCGUUCUCGAGAGUACAGAUGGUCGACGCGCCGAGCUCGAUGGUCUCGGCAUCGGAACUCCCGUGAACUCCCAUCCAUGCAUGGCUCCAAUGGGGCUCCCGCGGAGGAAUGGAUCCGGCUACCCGCAGGGCUAUGACGCCCAUCAUCGGGACACCUGCCAAAGUGACAGCGGUAUUUCAGAAGAAGCUGUUAUCACCACCAAAACUUCGACUGUUCAGCACUCUGUUCCCGUCCCCAAAUAUAAGUGGAUGCAAUUUAAGAGAAAUAUGUCAAAAAGUGGCCACAAGUCGGUCCACGAAUACAACAGGCUAGGACCUGGUAGUUGCGGCCCUGGGGGAGAACAGUCAACGACCAAUGGGCCAGGAAGAACAAAUUUUACUACCAAACAGCUAACGGAAUUGGAGAAAGAGUUUCACUUCAACAAAUACCUGACCCGAGCGCGUCGUAUAGAAAUUGCAAACGUUCUUCAAUUGAACGAAACUCAAGUAAAAAUUUGGUUUCAAAACCGACGAAUGAAACAGAAGAAAAGAAUGAAAGAAGGUCUCAUUCCAUCGGAAACUGUUAACCCAGAAAUAACUUCUACGUGCCACGAGCGAAAAAUGGUAACUAGGAUAACUCUGUCAGGCGUUUCCGCAGCAACAGUAUUACCAGCAACUAAGGGAACCUGCUAGCGAUAGCGAAGCGGACAUUUGUAAUUAUAACAAUAAAAGGUAUAGACAGCCAACAGCAAAUUAUGGCACAUACUAACGAGUUUCAUAAUAUUAUAAACAACAUUUCCAUGGCAACAGUGUUACCAGCGACUUAGGGAAUAUGUUAGUGAGUACUAAUAAUACUACAAAACACAGAUACAGCAACAAUACUACUAGAGAAUUGUGGAACCUGCCAGCUAGUAUCCGUAAUGUAGCAAUCUAAAUAUACACAGUAACAAUGCUACCGAAAUUUAAUGAACCAGCUAGCAAGUUAUCGUAAAAAUAGAACAAAACCUAAUCACAAUAACAGUGCUAAGAGCGAUUUAAGCAUCUGAUAGCCAAGUUAAAAAAUAAACUGCUGGCAAAUUUCAUUAAAUUACAAAAUUAGAGGAAUUAAUUCAGUACCUAGCCGUUAAAGAAAGAGAAUUUGGAAGCUUGAGAACAUUGUUUUGAUGAAACAGUGAUCUCUUGUUAAGACUAUGUGGACCAAGCGGAAAAAAAUUGCUACCGACAAUUUAAAUUUAUUAUGUAUUUAUAUAUGAAUAUGUAUGUAUAUGUGUGUACGUGUUUUUGUAUGAUAAAACCAAAUUUCAUUUGGUAUGUGCUGAACUUGAAUCUACAAAGAAUAUAAUAUUAGUAAUAAUUUUAAGAAUUACUCUAAUUUUAAUUUUUUUUUCUUCCCUGCACACUCAUACCUAACAUAAAUAUUUCAAUUAGAGUCGUUCUCUUUGUCAA